AUGAAUCCUUGUUCACUACUUGCCCUACUGUCAAGCCUCCCAUUCGAAAUUGUCGUCGUCAUCUGCUGCCACCUUCCUGUCAAGUCUUUGGCUCGGUUCAGAAGUGUUUCAAAGUCUUGGCAUUCCCUUAUUGAUAGCCCAUAUUUUAUCAACCUCCAUCUUACUUGCUCUAUCGAAACAAACAAUUUCAUGCUCUAUGUCAACCCAAGAUCCAACCCUAAGGAGAUGGGCUGCUUAGACUUUGCCUCUCUUCAUCAUAAUGCUGGUGCCCGAGCACGAAAGCUAGAUGCUUGGCCUUUGAAACAUGCUCACAUAUGUGGUUCUUGCAAUGGUUUGUUUGCCUUGUAUAAAACAGACACAAAGAGUUUGGUUUUUUGGAACCCAUCAACCCAUAAGGUCUACGAUGCACCUUUCUCUAGGAUAAGACUAUAUACUAGUGAUCUAAGUACAUUCCAAUUUGAUGCUUCUGGCAAUGACUACGAGGUUGUGAUGAUAAGAAGAAACAAGUCUACGGAACGUUUGGAUUUUGUUAUUUACAGCUUGGAAGCUAAAUGUUGGAGGACAAUCCAUUCUACCAUUAAUGGUGGAGAUAUAGAUAUUAGGAAAACAAGUUGUGUCCUUUUCAAUGGUGCUAUACAUUGGCUAGUAUCGAAACAAAACAAGUGCAAUCUUCUAGUUUUCGAUCUUCGGAGGGAGGAAUCUUACAAGCUGCCUCUUCCGAAUCCGAUUUCGGAACAUGGAAUGGAUAAUAAGAAGCUGCUGAUAUUGGAUGGAUGUUUAUGUGUGGAUUCUAUUGGCAAGCAAGAUGUAGGAGUCUAUUAUAACGAGUUAUGGGUUAUGAAAGAAUACAAAGUGAAUGAAUCUUGGAUUAAAUUAUUUUCUGUUUCAAGGAAUCAUAAGUAUCAGUGCGAUUUCCACGCUUUAUCUUAUUUAAAGAAUCAUGAUAAAGUUCUAGUUGAAUUUGAUUAUUUUAACCUACUCUACUGGUAUGACUUGAAGAAUGAAAGUUUCGAAAGAAUCCAUAUUCCUGGAAUCUCAUCCCCAGACUACACAAUUUGUCCUGCUACCCUUGUUAGCAUUGAUGCUGAUGUAGAGAAUAAGGAAAAGAGGAGGUGGAGACUUUUGAAGCACGAAAUUGUGCACUUAAGUUUUGAUGGGGAGGAAUUAGCUCAGCUUCGUUAG